UCAACUACACAGUACACACCACUGCUUGCUCAAUCAAUCCUUUCUUUCUAAUUCCUAUAUAACCCCUCAAACCAGCAACCAUCAUAUUUUCGUUCAAGAGUGAAGAAUAUCGGUCCUUCUUCGCUGUUCAAGGUAUAAUAGCAGUAGUAUAAGCCUAUAACAUCCUCUUAAUUUCAGUAACAUCCUCCACAGUUAACCAACUAUUGCAGUAUAUGACUUCUUUCAUUUGAACGAGUUUUUUUUUUCUUUUAACCUUAAAUUGCCCAUGUUAUCUAGCUGUAAAGUUCGACCAAAUUUGUUAGCAUAAAACUGACGUUGAUGAUGAUCUUUUGGUUGAUGAUUGCAGUUUUCAAGGUACAGCAUUGAUUAUGGUUGUUAGCACUGUUACAGGAUUGUACACAAGAUGACACGCAUCUGAAGCCAUUCCCGCGUCAGCUCUUUGGUUCUCUAACUAAGGCUCAACUCGCACGAUUUCUUCAGUCGAUCGGUUGUUCUUCACACUAAACAUUCUCCCGAGGACACAAGCAUAAGCAGCUGGAUCUAGAGUACUUACUGAUUGGUGGAUAAGUGUCAAUUUUGUGCUUGAAUUCGGAUCUUAAUUUUCUGUCAGCUAUUCAAGAGCCUUCUUGUCAUUUUCUCUGCAACGGCUACAAGUUGCAUCAUUAAUAUGGAUGGUUUCAACUGGGAUGGAGCAGAAGUACCUGAGAACAAAUCAGCUUCAUGGGAGAAUCCACAAGAAAGCUUGAUGGUGCCCAAUUCAAGUGGCUACGCAUUUCUUGGAGGUAAAGUAGAUAUCCCAGAAGAUAUUUUUAAUACGAUUCAGUUGCUCCAGAGAACCGGUUCACCAAAUAUCAAGACGUGCAGAGGAAGUCAGAGUUUUCAGCAUUCAGCACCGGCUUUUAAUCCGCCCAUACAGGUUCUUUCGAGCUGGAACUUUUCUCUGCAACAAGAGGCUACAAAAUUAGCUGAUGACGAUGAAGUGCCUAGAAAAUCAUCAGUAGCUGAAAUAUCUUCUCCAAUUCCUAAUAGGACCGACUUCAUCAACCAGUUGAAUGGCCUAUUCUUCGAUUAUGGCACAUCAAACAAAUCAAUCAUCAACACCUGCCUCCAGGAAGCUAAGGCUGGUUUAAUAGCAACAGCUACAGGCUCCACGGAAUCGCUUGAUUGCCUGCUAUCAGGGUCCAACAGUAACACAGACACCACAUCAGUCGAAGAUGAUGCAGACAUUUCCAUGAUCUUCUCUGACUGCAAAACCUUAUGGAACUUUCGAGCUGUGAAUGGUGUUUCAUCUGGUGAGUCUGCCUGCGAUAGCUCCAACGCAAAAUAUAGCAAUAAUCACAACCGCAUAAAAGAGCUGGACGAAACAGCUUCAAAAACUACUUCAUCCGGCCAACAUGCCAGUCAAUUACCUAGACAUGCUACCAAGAGAAGCAGUGAAACCCUACUCCAAAAUCUUGUCCGCUCAGAUAGUUCCAACAGUUUCCAGCUGAUAUCAGAAAACGAGCCAAAACCCAAAAAGCCCAGAUCAGAAAAGCGUCCAACUUCAUCAAACAUCAGCUUUCAGCAGCCUAGCUCGUCAAUAACGUCUGCAGGAGGGGAGCCUGAUUCAGAGGCCAUUGCCCAGAUGAAGGAAAUGAUUUAUAGAGCGGCCGCUUUUAGGCCAGUGAAUUUUGGCAUGGAGGUCAUGGAGAAGCCUAAGAGAAAGAAUGUCAGAAUUUCAACUGAUCCGCAAACUGUAGCUGCAAGGCAAAGAAGAGAAAGGAUAAGCGAAAGAAUUAGGGUUUUGCAGAGGCUGGUCCCGGGCGGUAGCAAGAUGGAUACUGCAUCCAUGCUUGAUGAGGCUGCAAACUAUCUCAAGUUCCUCAGGUCGCAAGUUAAAGCAUUGGAAGCCUUAGGACAAAAGAACGAGGAGUCGCUGCUGAAUUAUCCUUCAAUUCCAUUCAACCACUCAUUUCCAGUAGUGACAUCAAAUUUUCCCCUCCACAACCCUAAUAUUGUCAACCAUCCAAAAAUCUGAGACAAUUUGUUGUUCAACCUAACCCCACCUCCAAAAUACCCCCAAAAAAAAUAAAAGGAAUUGUAUGAACCACAUAUCAGGCAUAGAGUUUUAUUCUAUUACUAUUUGGGAGGGGAUGGGAUUUUGGUAAAGGACCUUGACAUUUGUCACAUAAUCAUGCUAAUCAUCAUUGAACGAUAAUGAUAAAUCCAUAUGUAUUGGUUUAGAAUCCUGGAUUUUUAUCAUCUUCUCAUCAUUGCUUAUUC